CAAACAUAAAAGCUACCCCUAUAAAACUCCCCCUAAAACCAAACGGUCACUUAUUAUAUCAAUCCUCCAAAUGGGAGGACCAAACCCAAAUCCAAACCACCAAAUCCCCAAAACCACCAUAACCAGCUACCCAUCAAGGCUGAAAAGAGAGAAUUUCCAAAGAACAAAACACGAUAAAUCCUUCUCCAAAUGGAAAAUCUUAAUUGGACCAUCAGAUUGGGAAGAUUAUAAGGCCAGCAAAGAAGGCGCAGAGAGAUACAGAGUAGCAAAUCUCCCAUCUGUAUGUGGGCCCGGAUUGUAUGAGAUUGGGGUGGCUGUUUGUGCUACCGGGUCGGGUCGAGAUGUGGAUAAGCUUGGAUCCGGAUCCGAAUCCAUUGUUGUGGUAUACUUAGGUCAAGCUGAUAAUGUUAAGUCUAGGCUUCAACAUUAUGGUCGUUCUGGAUCUCAUUUGGUUAAUGGAUUUGGAUUAUUUAAAGAUGUUUUCUCGAGAGGAUUUCCCAUUGUUUAUAGAUGGGCACCUAUGAGUAGCAAAAGUGAAGCCGAAAGGACUGAAGCUAAGCUGCUCAAAAGAUUUGAUUAUGCAUGGAACAAACUAGGAAAUGAUGCACGUCGUCCUAAUGACGUUCUAAACAAAAUUGAAAAGAUUUCAUCUCAAAACAUUAAUGUUCCUAAGAUUGUCAAGAUGUUACAAUCUCUCCGCGAGCAAAAGGUUGGAAUUCCUAUCAAAGCGGAGAAGUUGCCCUCGUUUGAGAAGAAACCUAAUUAUGAUAUUUAUAGUGAAACCGUAAGUUUCUUUGAUCGAAUUUUCAAGUUUUCUCGCUCACAACUUCGAUUAGUACCUCAUUUCAAUUUUGAGGUGAUCACCGAGAAGAUGGAGAAUGGUCAUGUUUGUGGAGUGCUUUUGAGUGAUGGAUCCGUUUGUAAUGAUCCGCCUGUUAAAGGGAGAAAACGGUGUGCCAAGCACAAAGGAAGGAGAUUAACGAGUGUGUCGAACAAGACGAGCAUUACUUUUCCAUCCAUCGACCGUUCAAAUAUGGAUGUUAAGGACAAUUUCCCUCUUAUUUGUGGUGUUAUAUUGCUCGAUGGAUCUCCGUGUGCAAAGCCGCCAUUUACUGGUAGAAAGAGAUGUGAGGAGCAUAAAGGUAUGAGGAUUAACCAUAUUAUGUCCACGUCUUUGAACCUUAAACUAGUAACCGAAAAGCAUCUCUCGAAUCUCAACCUUGUAGACUAUUGUGGUGUGAAUUUGGGUGACGGGAAGUUUUGCGAUAGGCAGCCAGUGAAAGGAAGAAAGAGGUGUGAGCAGCAUAAAGGGAAGCGAGUCAAUGCAUUUGUCUCUUAACUUAUUUCCAAAAAAUCAACGGCCUAAUGCAGGGCAUAACAAUGUUCAUGCCCUACCAAUCUCAGAUGUUGGCCGUACCAAUACAUGAUUAUUUCAUUCUAUUGCUAUUGCAGUGCAUAUUAUCUUCAUACCCAGUAUUCCGCUCAUAAAAAACUAUAAUCAGUGUUUUUGGAGGGAAGUAAGGCAGAAACCCAUACCCAUAAAAGAGGAGGCUAUACCCAUAAAAGAGGAGGCUGCCAAAGAGUCACUCGGCUCGAAAUCUUCAGAAAAAGAUGUUCCUGCAACUGUUAUUAGAGCUCAACCGCUGCCACAACAAGGCGGAUAAGUUCUUAACAAUAACUUAUUGGAGUGCAUAUUCUUGGUCUUUUGUUUUCAUUUGCAAGUCUUUUUCGAGCUGAGGGUCUCUCUAAUCGCACCCUCCUUAUCUCCUUGAUAAGAGUGUAUGAUUUGCCAUCUUCCUUUCUCUAGAUCUGAUCAUAACUUCUAUAAAGUGAGGUAAAUUGAGCAUGAUGAUGAUUUUUUUUUUUAAUUUUUAUUCAAAUUUAUACACACAGGGUUAUUCUAUAAUCCAACUAUAGCAUGUUGAAAGUGUACAAUCAACAAUGAAAGAAGCAAUGUAAAACAAGGAGUGUAUCUUUGUUCCUUUUUCUUUAUUUUUUAAAAUUUUAUUUUGAAUUAGGGUUAGGAUGUACUUUGAUUUAUCGGAAAUGAAGAACAAAUUUAUGUA